ACAGUCCCAAUUUCUGCCAGUUUGGGGUUGUUGGCGUGUUGGGCGGAGCGCGCAUGCGCAGAGGCUCGCUCUUCCACACCGCUGCAGGGAGACCGCAGGACGCUGGAUGAAUAGAGGGAGAAUAACCGUAAAUAUCCAGAUGGGAAUAUGUGGCCAGAGCAUGGCGACGUCCUGAAGAACAAGACAAAGACUUUUUAGACAGCGACACCUCCACCGCCUCCUCUAACUCGGGACAUGAGGGAACAUUAAGCAGAAAAACUGCCGAAAUCAAAUAGGGUACCAGAAUGGAUGAAGCUCUAUGGGCAGAACCCCACUUUUAUUACCGGAUCGGCCCGAAAUAGAUGUGAAAAGAAGCCCAACCGAGUGUUUGAACAGCGACCUGACACAUGUAUGUUACAAAAUCUGAUCUAUGUAUGAGAGAAAACAGCAAAAGUCUGAUUUGAUGCGUUGAAUUCCUUCGGAGAGAUGUCAUCGUUGUGAGUGCUGGAUGUGACACUGCAGCAGUGAAUAUGGGAGAUCUGACCGACUCCAGAGAUCCGAAAAACACUUUCAUUGUUCCUGCCAUCAAGUCUUUUGAUCAUUAUGACUUCAAUAGAGCUAAAAUCAGAGCCAGCCUCACAUGGCUGGUGGCCAAAGCCUUUGGUACAGACAGUGUUCCAGAAGACCUGAGCGAGCCUUUCUACAGGGACCAGUAUGAGCAGGAGCACCUGAAGCCUCCGGUGGUGGGUCUGCUGCUGUCAGCUGAGCUGUACUGCCGAGCAGGAAGUCUGAUUCUGAAGAGCGAUGCCGUUAAACCUCUGCUGGGUCAUGACGCCGUCAUCCAAGCUCUGGCUCAGAAGGGCCUGUACGUCACCGACCAGGAGAGACUGGUGACCGAGAGAGACCUGCAGAAGAAACCCAUUCAGAUGAGCGCCCACCUGGCCAUGAUUGACACGCUGAUGAUGGCAUAUACAGUAGAGACGGUGAGUGUGGAGAAGGUGAUGGCCUGCAUGCAGCAAUACUCCACCGAUUACCCAGACGGAGACGUGCCCUAUGACACAGAGGAUGCGGUCACCAGCUGGAUGAAUAAGGUGAACGAAUACUUGAAAGAAAUCAUAAUGCAGGAGCAAAGGAGGAUGGAGGCGGAGAAUGCAGAGCCUGUUGAGAAUCCAAAGUCUCCAACCAAGUGGUAUAUGAAGCUGGUUCCUGCACGUUAUAGGAAGGAGCAGGUUCUGCCCAAGAUGGUGCCGUGGAUCCCUCCGGUGGACAACCUCCUGAAGGACAGCACAGAUGGCUGUGCCCUCGCCGCCCUGCUGCACUUUUACUGUCCCGCCAUCGUCUGCCUGGGAGACAUUUGCCUAAAGGAGACCAUGUCGCUGGCAGACAGUCUGUACAACCUGCAGCUCAUCCUGGACUUCUGCAAGGAACACUUGAACCACUGCUGCCACUUCAAUCUGGAGGACAUGCUCUACGCUCAUUCAUCCAUCAAAAAUAACUAUCUUGUGUUUAUGGCUGAGCUCUUCUGGUGGUUCGAGGUUGUUAAGCCACCAUUCGUCCAGCCUCAGGUGCUGGACACUGAAGCACCAGCCCCUUCACUGAAAAAUCUGCCAUCUGUGCCAAUCUCAAAUGUCACAAAGAGAAGUUUCAUGGAAAGACCUCCUAGUCCAGACAGACCAAGUCUCCCUCUCCGAUCUCAACCACAGACUUCAGGCUCAGGUGAGAUCAAGCGAUCAACCUCAAUGUCAUUUGUGGAAAGCUUCAUGGGUACUUGGCCCAAAGAGAAGAAGUCUGCUGCUCAGGGAGUGUCCUUUGAAAUCCCAUUUGAUAAAGAGAGCACCAGUCAAACACCCACUGGCCGAGGGAUGACUCGGUCUGUCAGCACUGAAGGUUUUGGUUUCAAGAUGCCCCACAGCACCAGGGGCAUCAAGAGAAACCUGUCCUUUCAGCCUGUCAACGGAAAGAACAUGGGCAUCGAGGAGGAAGUCUGUCCUGACAGCUUGUCAGGAAAUCAUAACGUCCGUCUAAAUGGCUCAGGGCCACCUAGCAUCGAAGAGGCUCUUGAGAUCAUCCACAACUCAGAGAAGAAACCUCAGAGCCCCAGGGCCCUUGUGCCCAGUGAAGGCUUCUUUCUUCACCUCCAGAAUAAAAGUGAAUUGAACCCUGAAGCAAAGGAUGGCGAGCUAGACUCAGUUUCAGAAACGUCCAAAGGGGUUGCUAGCACAUCCACCACUGAAGUAGACACCGGCAUACAUGUGCGGACAGAGGACAUCCAAGAGACCCUAGACGAGGACUCAUCCCUUAGGGAUUGUACUGUCAGUAUGGAGCUUGAUACGGAUCAAGACUUUGAGGCAAGAGCUUGCCAUAGCCAGGGCUCUACAAGCCCAUGUCCCAGCAGCCUAAGCAGCAAGUCCCCUGCCGGAAGCACACCUGCUUUUACACCUGGUAUUAAGAUGACCAGCUUUGCUGAGCAGAAAUUCCGUAAACUGAAUCCAAAUGUGGAGGCCAAAGGUGCUGCUUCCCAAAGCACAACACCAGACAAUUCAGAUCUCGGCAUUCCUCACUCUGUUUCCUGGGCUCCUUCACCUGAGGUCAGCCCUGCACAUCAGCCAUCCAAGGAUCCGGCCCAGGCCAUGGCUGCAGAAAUGGUGCAGCUUCGCAUGAGACUUGAAGAGAAGCGUCGAGCCAUUGAGGCUCAGAAGAAGAAAGUAGAGGCGGCUUUUACCCGGCACCGUCAGAAGAUGGGACGCAGUGCUUUCCUCACAGUUGUCAAGAGGAAAGGAGUAGAUGGCACCUCACCUUCUCAAGAGGACACUCCCAGUUCAGAGGGAAGCAAGACGCCAGCGGAGACACCUCAGCCCGUCAAGUCUCCGGUGAAGUCUGCGGGUGAGGACGGUACAUCCGAGGCGGACCUGAUGGAAUACACACGCUCCAUUGAGAAGCUCAAUGCUUCCCUGAGCUUCUUGCAGAGUGAGAUGCAGCGGUUGGCCCAGCAGCAGGAGGUAAUCAUGCAGAUGCGGGAGCAACAGGCUUGGGUUGUGUCGCCACCUCAACCUUCGCCGCAAAAGCAGGUGCGAGACCUCAGAGGGAGUGGGACACGCUCUUCAGGCUCUCCCUCACCUGCAGAUUCUCCUAGAGCUACGCACCGUUCCCCUACAAACCUUAAGAGGAAGUCUGCUUCUUUCCAUUCCAAGACACCAAGGACUCCCAGACCCAGUGAGCUAAAGAUCACUCCCUUCAACCGAGUCCUGACCGUUCCACAGUCGGUGGACAGCAUACCACGCUUGAGAAGGUUCUCCCCAUCUCAGUCCGUGUCCUGCUCAUUUUCUUAUUUGGGCAAUGAGAAGAAUCCACCAUCAGGAGCUGAAGCCACAGACAGGGACAUAGAGCAAGGCCUUGAGUCUUUGUCGAUUGAAUGUUUUGCUGGUACCAUCACCUCCCCAACCAAAGAAACCCAGCAGGCUUUAACCGAAGACGCUGACUUGUCAGCCAAGGAGCCAGAAGAUAGGGGAGAGGAGAGCAAGAAAGAGAACGAAUCAAUGGAGGAAAGGGAACAGCUGAAGAAGCCAACAAAUGAGAUUAAGCCUGCAGUGGAGUCUAGUGUGUCAGAGGUUUUGUCGCAGAUUGUAAUGGAGACCGUCAUUGUCACUCCCACCGAGCCAGUUGACAUCACCCAUCAGACCAACAAAAAUUUGAUUGAGGUUCCACUGUCUGUUCUCAAGCCCCUGGAUGGACAAGCGUUGGAAGAGGAAGGCGAGAAGGAGACUUCAGGGGAAAAUCUGGACGAUGAGCAGAAAAUGUGCUGUGGAUUCUUUUUCAAGGAUGAUAUGAAGGAAGAGGACAGCAUGGCCAUAAAGCGAGCAGCGCUUCUGGAGAAAAGGCUGAGAAGAGAACGGGAGAGCCAGCAGAGGAAACAACAGCUGGAGGCGGAGCUUGAGCAAAAGAAAGAAGAGGCCAGACUGAAAGCAGAGGAAGACCGCAUGAAGAAGGAAGAAGACAAAGCCCGACGGGAAUUUAUCAAACAGGAGUACCUGAGGAGAAAACAGCUGAAGCUUAUGAAGGACAUGGACACGCUUGUCAAACCGCGUCCUGCGGGGGCCAAGCAGAGGAAACCACGACCCAAGUCCAUCCACAGAGAUGUGAUGGAGUCCCCCAGGACUCCUGUCAGGGCCACGACAGGUUCACGACCUCGUGUUUUUUCAGUGUCCAGCCUGUCUCUGGCGUCUCUUGGAGAUAACGACAGUGUCAACUCAGAUAAGAAAACACAAAGUAGGCCUGACUCAGCAGACGGUUGCCUGUCGCCCACUCGCUCCAGCAGCCGUAACGGAGAGAAAGACUGGGAGAAUGGUUCAACCACAUCCUCACUGACAUCCAACACCGAAUACACAGGUCCUAAAUUAUAUAAGGAGCCCAGUGCAAAGUCAAAUAAGCAUAUAAUUCAGAAUGCUUUGACACAUUGCUGUUUGGCUGGCAAAGUCAAUGAAGGACAGAAAAACAAGAUUUUGGAAGAAAUGGAGAAAUCAGGGGCCAACAACUUCCUGAUCCUGUUCCGGGAUUCCGGCUGCCAGUUCCGCUCGCUCUACACCUACUGCCCCGACACAGAGGAGAUCAACAAAUUGGCCGGCAUCGGUCCUAAAACCAUCUCGCGCAAGAUGAUCGACGGCCUCUACAAGUACAACUCAGACAGGAAGCAGUUCAGCCAAAUUCCAGCCAAGACCAUGUCGGCAAACGUCGACGCCAUCACGAUCCACAGCCACCUGUGGCAGACCAAAAAACCAGGAACGCCGAAGAAAGUAGCGGCCGUGAAGUCCUAGUGUUUCUCGACGGCAGACAUACACAAUCUCAAUGCACUUGUUUGUACAUAAUCGAAUCCUACAACACUUUUUACACUCUUCCGUCAGUUGUCGUUCGGACACACAAGAUUAUGCACAACUGGAAUGUAAAACUCUAUGGGGUGGCAAAUGGAUCAAACUCAUGUGUCAAACACCCGAGACUGUGUGAUUCAAGUUGUUUUACUGCACCGCAUAUGUGUCGUUUUUAUUUAAAUGUGCCAAAAAAAAAAAAAAAGGAAAAUAAUGAAAAGUUGUCAUGGAUGACCUGUUAUUUUAAUUUGGCACACUAAAGCACUGAAUGUUCUUAGUUUGUACAGAAAUCUCGCACUUAUGUUGACGUGUGGCCUUAUGUUGCUUUUUGUCUAUGUUUUUAUUUGAAUUAUUUUUUACGACUGUCCUGAUACGAUUGUACGGCUGCUUAUGGAAAGGUUCUCACAUGCAUAGCUUGUGAUUAUAACAGUUUAGUACUGUAAGGGAAUCCUGUCAUAUCUAGUAUACACUAACCAGUGUGCUAAUGUGCAGUGAGUGGUUUAGUUUGCAGGCCGAACCCACUUUUGAUGGGUUUUAACAUUAUCUAAUGGCAUUGAUUCACAGCAGGAUUGUGAAUUCAUUUCAUUCCGUUCCUGUAGGUGUUUUUUUAUAUAUAUAUAUAUUUCAGGGUUUUUUGGACCGACUGAUGGAAAUGUUCAGCAUAAUGAUCUAUUUAAUCAAUAUUUAUCUUUCAUAAAAGGUCUUAAAUAAGACUAGGGGUUAGAAACCAAACCGUUCUGUCGAUGCGAUCAAAGAAAAAUCAGGUGGACUGAAUUGUUUGAACGAUAUUUCCAUGAAUGAGGAUGAAUAACAUCAUGUGCUGGAGUCAUAAUUAUUUUCAAAAUACUUUUAUACUGUUAUGUAUGCUUGUGGUGACUGAUCUGAAGUAUUUCCCUGUCCCGGAUCACGCAAAAGUAUUAAAAGCAUUUUGCCAAAUGAUAUAUUUUACCGGAUUGUUGGAGCCAUUUCCGUGUUUUUCGACUGAGGGCUAAAUCGUUUGAUUGGUGAAUUAUUUUAAAUAAUAAAAAUAAUUUUUGACUUGUUUAUAAGGGUUUAAGACAUGCCGCAUUUUUACGCCUGGAGUCUGUGUGGCAUUUUAAGAUGUUACGAAUCUCAGUCUGUUAGCAUUUCCUCUUAAAGUGUGAUCAUAUUAGCGAAAUUUUGGUGAAAAUAUGAAUUUUCGUUGGCAAAAAGGUUCAUUGGUAACAGUGUAGCACUGUCAAACCAAGCAGCUUUUUAUUGGUCAAAGCGCAAAAUUUGUGUGAAUCCGAUGCGAAAUCUGCAAGCGGUAUUCCCAGCAAUGAAAUGACUUAAUUUCGCCAGCAAAAAUUCGCCAAACUAUGGUAGCUAAAUGAAACCACACCUUUAAUCCUUUUGAGGCAGAAUGUGGCUGUAUACGGGUAGAGGCUUUGUUGCCUGACGAAAAAAACGGCCUUCCUUUUGUGCCCUUUAUUUCAGUGGGAAUUGUAAAAACUGCAGUUAUUUUUGGUGCUUGCCUCUCGAAACAUAAACUUGCACUCCUGUUCUCCCAUUCAAACAUUUCUUGAGUAGUUUGAGUGAUGUGUCUGUGUUUGGAAUGGAAAUAUGUGCACAGCCCUGAAUACACGGUAGCUGACAUCUUAGAAUGGUACUACUGGAAACAAAUGUUAUUUGGCCAUUUCGAGCCACAAACAAGGGUUAUUAAGCUGUAAAUUAGCACGAUAGAAAACUGUACAGUGUGUGUUCUCUAAUCUCUCCAGCACGUCUCUCUCUUAUUUUCUUUCAGGCGCUGUGCUGUCAUAUUGUUCAAGUAACAUGUUCGAUUUCAAUUGCAUUCAAUAAAUUUCGCAUGGCCUCAA